UCCUCUUGACAUCAAGCUGGGUGCACUGAACUGUACAGCUUUCAGUAUCCAGUGGAAAAUGCCCAUGCAUCCUGGGAGUCCCAUCAUUGGGUACACAGUCUUUUACUCUGAGGUCCAAGCAGACAAAUUCCCACGGGAGCAGUCACAUACUGUGCCUCUCAGCCAGGAUACCCCAGUCACUGAGGAAGUGAUUGGAGAUUUGAAGCCAGGCACUGAGUAUCGAGUGAGCAUCGCAGCUUACAGUCAGACUGGCAAAGGGCGACUUAGCUCUCCUCGGCAUGUUACCACUUUGUCCCAAGAUUCCUGCCUGCCCCCAGCAGCUCCCCAGCAGCCACAUGUCCUUGUGGUUUCUGAUUCUGAGGUGGCUCUUUCUUGGAAACCUGGAGAGAGUGAAGGAAGCUCCCCUGUUCUAUACUAUUCUGUGGAAUUCAUCAGGUAAGUUUGCGUGUCAAGUUUAUAAAUGUGCUCAGCUAUUUUGAGCAUUCAUUAGAGU